GCUGUGCGCAGCCCACGAGGGGCCGGCUCAGCUGUCAGGGGGAUUGGGCUGGCCACUGGAGCUGGAUGUAGCACACAGCUGCGUAGGGCACCAGGAAAUUUUGGGCAAUUUGGUGCCCCAAAUUUCCUGGUGCCCUACGCAGCUGCAUAGUUUGCGUAUAGAUAGGGAUGGCCCUGGGCACCUGCCAGCACCUGGUGGACCAUUUUUUCAAAGGGAUAGAGAAUUUUGCCCUGGCAUAUAUUGAUGAUAUCUGUGUUUUUAGCCAGACCUGGGAGGAGCAUGUUUCCCAGGUUAAACAAGUGCUGGGGAAGAACUUUCCCAGUCCACUGGUUAAAGUGGCCCUGUCAGUUCGGUCUCGGAGUGAGAAGAGAUGUGCUGAAGUAGGGUUUUAUUCAUCUUGUUAUGUUGCAUGUGUGUCUUACUGUCCUAUACUAAUACUAUGCGUACAACAGUUUCCCUGUGUACUGCACCAAUAUUUGGUGGUGGGAAUUGGGUGUGUGAUUUUUGCUCAGGCCCUCGGGGCAGGUGAAGCUGUCCAGCUGUCUGAAUGUAUGUACCUGAGACCCAGGAGGGGGAUGUGACCAGGUGACAUCUUUUGCUUGGGAAGCAGGACAAAGAGGAGGAGGAGCAACGGGGGUGUCAGAGGGUGGGUCGCUGGAAGCUGGGAAGGCUGCAGAGGGGACUGGAAGAGGGGAGUCCAGUCCGUCUGGCCCAGGACUCCCCAAGAUGGACUUGGCUGAAAGUCACUGAUUUCUGUGACAGCAAUCUCUGUUCUACGCUGUGUUUCUGUCAGCUAAUAAACCCUUCUGUUUUACAUGCUGACAGAGUGAGACCAAGAGCCCCACCUGGGUGGACUCGCUGCGGGAAGCACACAGGGAGGAAGGAGAUGCUGAAUGCUCCCAGGUCAGAGCAGAAAGGUCGAAGCUGGAGAAGGGGGCCGUACCCCAUGCCAUACUAUGGAGCAUUUGGCUUCUUUUCGUCGCUUCUGUGACUACAAGCGCCAUGGGAUCUUCCUGCUGGGGCUGGCUUUCUGGCUGAGACGUGGAACGGCGUUACGGCCCCCCCCUCCGCGGGCAGCUCGCCCCAAGGUGGCACCGCCCACCCCUUCUUGAUGGGUGCUGGAGGGCGAUGCAGGGAACAAAGGGCAAGCCUCAAGGUGACCUUCCUGCCCAUCAGCCCCAGACAAGCGAGGCAUCUGCCAGGGCUCAGUGAUUCUGCCCUCCAGAGGCACCUGGCAAAGCCUGCAGGCUAUGCUAAUGAAGUUGGAGAGUCCUUCAGAGCUAUUGUGCCCAUCUCGCUGGUCUGGGGGAGCUACGGGGUGGCGACCACAUACGUGAUGGCUGAUGCGAUUGAUAAGGGAAAGAAGGCAGCUGUUGCACAUGAACACGACGUGGGGAAGCCGACGCAGGUGGCCGUGGCUGUGGUGGAUACAUUUGUGUGGCAGGCGCUGGCCUCUGUGGCUAUCCCCGGCUUCACCAUUAACCGCAUCUGUGCUGCCUCCCUCUACUUCCUGGGCACCAUGACACACUGGCCCCUCCCCAUCCGGAAGUGGAUGACCACAGCCAUCGGCCUCUCAGCCAUUCCUGUCAUCAUCAAGCCCAUUGACAGGUCAGUGGAUUUCCUGAUGGAUUCCAGCCUCCGCAAACUCUAUGGUGCUGAAGAGAAACGUCGUCCUUCUUCGUGAGGCAGCCCCUUUACACGGCUAAAGCGGGGGGGGGGGGGGUGCAGGAGAGGAGGAAGAGGACACUUCUCUCACCCACCCAGCUCAGCACCUCACAACUGACUACACUGUAUUUAGAGCAAUUUUCUGCUGUUAAGCCAACUUACUGUGACAUGGGGGCAGGAGAGCAAGUCGGCUGGGCAGCCCUGCCCCAGCACAGGCUCACCCCUGCUUCAGAGGCAUUAGCACUAGCCCUGAAUUGCCAAGAGCUGGUUGCCCAACCCAAAUGCUGGAGGCCCAGCUGUUCUGGCAGCAUGAGAUUUCAGGGUUGUUCUUGGUCCUUUGUGGCCAGGGGGGAGAAGAGAGGAAAAGUGCAAUUGCUGUCAAAACCCAGUGGUGCUAGGGGAUAUUAAUACAGGCUGGGGCUGGCAUAUUUUGUAGCUUAAGACCCAGGAGAUCUGUAUUUAUGGUGGGAAAAAAAAAACCACACAAA